AUGCAGACUAAGAAAACAAAAUGGUUUCACUCGAAGAUGCGUUGUGACAAGCGAACAUUUCUUGCGGUUGUAGCUCUUGUCAGGCUCAACUGGAGAGACCGUAUCCAUCACAAUGUCAAGUUUGACAUCACCAAACGCGUUGCCGUGACCAUGAUCUAUCUAUCUACCGGUGGAACGAUUGAUAGUGCUGCUACUGUCAUGGGGAUGUCAAAAACCAGUGCUGUUGUAUACAUUUGCCAAGUGCUGUCGGUUCUAACGAGAAUGGCGAAGGAAGAAAUCACAAUGCCCAACACACAGACCGAAAUCGAGAGAGUUACAGAUCGAUUUGAGCGAAUCGCAGGCUUUCCUGGCGUCAUUGGUGCAGUGGAUGGCUCCUUGAUGCGAAUUAGCCGACCUGCGGAGCACGAAGGCUGGUAUUGUAGAAAAAAUUUCCCUGCUGUCAAUAUGCAGGCCGUAGUGGAUCAUGAGACUCGAUUUCGUUCUUAUUGUAUUCGGGCUGGGUCUAUCAACGAUCAAGCUUUGUGGAAUCAGUCGGGUCUGCGCAAUAAAGUUUCUGUGCCUAGUGGAAUGCAUCUUCUUGGCGAUGCUGGAUACAAGAUAUUUCGGCAUCUUCUAACUCCUUUUGACGAAAAAGAAGCUUCGUACAGUGCUCAGAAGCGGCGCUACAACUACAAGCUAUCCCAGACCCGAAUUACUGUCGAACGAGCAUUUGGCAUCCUCAAGAAUCGCUACCGCAUACUUCUGGGCAAGAUAUCCCAAAAAUCCCCAGCUCGUGUCACGAAUGUUAUUGUAAGCUGCUUAGUUUUACACAAUUUGAUGAUUGGUCUUAAAGACAGCUACACUGUGGUAGGAGAGGACCCCGAUCGAGCUCCACCAAGUAUGUUGUCCUCUCUUUCUGGAGAAGAUGAAUUGAGCCAUGAGCAGGGUCUAGCGAAAUAG